AUGCUAAAUCGCACUAAGGUGUCCAGCAUAAGGGAAAAACGAACCCGAGAUUAUAUCCCGGAGGGAGCCAUUUCGUUCAACGAAGAGGACGCCGAAGGCAUAGUAGAACCGCAUAAUGAUGCCCUGAUGAUAUUUGUACUUAUAAAUAAAUCUCGAGUUAAGCGCGUGUUGAUUGAUCGAGGUAGCUCGGCCUACAUCAUCAGGUCGAGGGUCGUAGAGCAGUUGGGUCUACAACAACAAAUAGUGCUAGCAGUCCGGGUUUUAAAUGGGUUCAACAUGGCAUGCCAAAUGACUAAAGGAGAAAUAACCUUUCCAGUAAAUACCAUUUGGACAAUUCAGGAUACCAAUUUCUUCGUGAUUGAGGGGGACAUGAGGUAUAACGCCUUAUUCGAAAGGCCUUGGGUUCACAACAUGAGGGCAGUACUCUCAACACUACACCAGUCACUGAAGUUCCCCACACUAGGAGGAAUCAAGGCGAUUUACGGAGAGCAGACGAUCGCAAAAGAAAUAUUCGUAGUCGAUGAUGUGGUCCCAAUGUAUGCACUCUCGACAUCAAAGAACACGGAGCUGGUUAGGAAGGAAUAA